GUUCCAUCGCUUAGUCUAGUGUGGCCAGACUUCAGACGGGAUUCCCAAAAAGCAGGCGAGGGCGAAAAAAAAUCAGCAAAAUGGCUUCAUUCUUGGCUCGCUCCAGUUGUUCAUUAAUCGAAUCAGUUAAACCAAAAACAGUUACAAAGAUCCUCAACUAUGCCCCCGUUGCUCUCCAACAACUGAGAAAUCUGAAUGUCCAGGAGCAUGUCUCGUAUACCCUGCUCAAUGAAAGUGACAUACCAACACCACGCUUUGCUGUGGCCAAGAACGGAAAGGAAGCUCAUGAUAUUGCCACAAAAUUGAAAACAGAUAACUUGGUCCUGAAGGCACAAGUUUUGGCUGGUGGUCGCGGCAAGGGUGCCUUUAAGAAUGGCCUUAAAGGCGGAGUCCGUGUGGUCUAUGAUCCCGAGAGUGCUGAGCAAAUCACCUCAAAGAUGGUUGACCAGCUUUUGGUUACCCGACAGACUGGAGCCGCCGGUCGUAUUUGCAAAAAGGUCAUGGUAGCCGAAAGAAAGUUUCCUCGACGUGAAUUCUACUUUGCCGUAAUGAUGGAGCGUGCCUUUAAUGGACCAGUUUUGAUUGCCUCCAAGGAGGGUGGCGUUGACAUUGAGGAAGUAGCCAAAGAAUCACCCGAUGCCAUUAUCUAUGAACCCAUUGACAUUACCAAGGGUCUGACCAAUGAGCAAGCCGCCAAAAUUGUGAAUAAAGUUGGUCUCGGUGGCGACAAUGCCGAUGAGCAUGUCCAAAUGUUGCUCAAUCUGUACAAGCUGUUUGUGAAAAAGGAUGCUCUAUUGGUGGAAAUCAAUCCUUAUGCUGAAGAUGCCAUGACCGGCUGCUUCUUUGCAUUGGAUGCUAAACUCCGUUUCGAUGACAAUGCCGAAUUCCGUCAAAAGGAGCUGUUCAGUCUGCGCGAUUGGACCCAGGAGGAUCCCAAAGAGGUCGAAGCUGCCAAAUAUAACUUGAAUUACAUUGCUCUCGAUGGCACCAUCGGAUGCAUGGUCAAUGGUGCUGGUCUGGCCAUGGCCACGAUGGACAUCAUUAAACUGUAUGGCGGUGAGCCAGCUAACUUCUUGGAUGUGGGCGGUGGUGCUACAGCUGAAGCUGUUAAGGCUGCCUUCAAGAUCAUUACAUCCGAUAAGAAGGUCCUAUGCAUAUUGGUUAACAUUUUUGGUGGCAUUAUGCGUUGCGAUGUCAUUGCCGAAGGUAUCAUAUCGGCUACUAAAGAUCUGAACCUCAAUAUGCCAGUGGUUGUACGUCUACAGGGCACCAAAGUUAAGGAAGCUCGUGAAUUGAUUAGAUCUUCCGGUCUGAAGAUUCUGGCUCGUGAUGAUUUGGAUAAGGCUGCCGAUUUGGCUGUGCACUUGGCACAAAUUGUGAAAUUGGCCCGUGAAAUGAAAAUGGAUGUCAACUUUGAGAUUCCCGAGGCCCAAAAGUAGAUACAAUUUUUAACCAAACUAAACAAUUUUCUCCUAAGUCAACACAAACAAGAACAUUUAAACAUUUACUCAACAUUAGCCACAAUGUAAAACAACAACAAGAACAAGAUAAAACGCCCCAUCGCUUCUCUAGUUAGAGUUUAUCGUAAACGAUUGAUCGUUGAUAUGCUAAAAACAAAUUUUUGCAAAAAUUGUUCAUGUUUAAAACAUGAACAAAUCGUCGAAUAAUCUUAAUAAUCCUUCGAGUUUUGCACCGAAAAUCUUUUGUAAAUGAUUGUUAAUGUUAACUCUGCACCGAAAAUGGAAAAACUAUCUAUGAAAUAUUACGUGAUUUUUGCAAAAUUUUAUUUAUUUUAUUUGAAAACUGCUUUGAAAGUAGUUGGAGAUAUAUUGUGUAUUAUGCCAAUUUAAAUUAAACAAAAUCCAACACCCACACACAUCCAA